AUGUUUGAUAUAGAUGAUAUUAAGAAGCUUCUUCAUGCAAAGAGAAAAAGAUUUAUAAUGAAUACCAAUGCUUCUGUCCAAAGCAUUAACCUGAUAAUUGAGCAUGUUUGGAAAACUCAGGAGCAGCAAAGGCAGAAGCUUUAUCGUGAAUAUUCUCAGCAGUUUCUGACUUUGUUUCUGGAGUGGGAUAUAAGCGUGCAGGAAACCAAGGAGGAAGAAGAAAAACUAGCUAAUUUGUUUCGUGAGCAACAAAAGAUUUUUCAAGCAGCAAGAAUUGUUCAGAGACAGAGGCUGAAAAAAUUUUUUAACUUAUACGACCAGUUCUUAAAGAGUAUGGAGGAGUUUCAGAAGGAUCAUGAACAUCUUCUGACUGAUGAACAAAGUGAAUUUAGACGAGAAAUGGCCAUGCUGCAAAACAAAAUUGUGAUGGAUGCUCAACAGCAAGAGCUGGCAAAUAUUCGGAAGUCUCUUCAAUACCUGUUCUCUGACGAUGCUGAAGACAGAACUGGAACCUAA